AUGUCUCAAUCUGAAGAAAAUAACUUCACUGAAUUUACAACCAGUUUCUUCUUUACCGAUUUCAGCAAUAAGCACUCAAAUAAUUUUUUAACUACUAUUAAUUAUAGUACCUAUAACAUGUCUGUUAAACAAACACUUACUAGAAGUAUUGCAGAAUUGCUUAAGGACAUUAAGGCAAUUGCUGAUAGAAUAGGUCACAUAAAAAUCAAUAAUAUGUUGGCAUCUUUUGUGAAACAGUUAAAUACCAAAUAUCUUUUAUUACAAGAAGACAUAAAAGAUCUUGUUCUUGUGAAAACAAAGGGAAGACCAAAUAGCACUAAACGUAAAAAAACAGGUGCUGAGCAUGCUACUAAAAAAAUAUAUAUGUGUAAUAUUUGUAAUAGCAUAGGACAUAAUUCUAGAAGUUGUCCAUGCAAGUAA